AUGUCUGCAAAUAUAUCACAAAUGGACUGGUACCCGCCCAAGUGGAACGCAGCCAAUAUCCCACCUCAUCUACUCAUGUUCUGGCCACCCCCAGAAACACAGCCGUCAUCAGGUCCAGAGCUAAACAAGAUCUUCAAUAGAUUAAAAUGGUCUGUUCUGGAUCAUCCGUCAUACGCACAAGUCUACGUACGGGACGACGAAGGAGCCUUGAAAUGGCGCGCACUUUUCGACAAGGCUAACAAAUCGCUAUGUGACGCCUCAGCAAUGGAUCCCCCACAGUCUCGCUUACAGAUAUCGAUCGAACCACUGCAUAGAUGGCGGCACUGGCAUGAUUCAGAAACACAGCAUCUACGACCAGCAUCCUUGCUUAUUGAAAAUACAGACGGCGAACAAGUUUCUGUUGAAAAGUUCAUUCAUGCUGUUUACAACUAUGCACUUCCCUUGCACAAACUACUUCUGCGAUGCAUGAACGUAAGAGAUCCAAUGGAGCAAGAUCGCACAAAGUUCUUUUUCGAUGGGCUUUACGGUUAA